AGGUGGACAACAUCAUAACUUCUAUCUGUUCUUGUCUAGAGAUGAAGCUGGACAAGCCACUAUCUCCAGGACGGGGACGCUGAUGCCUCAUGUAAAAGCCAAGGUCAUACCAGCAGUAGAUGACAAGUUCAACAGCACACGAAAACAGUCUGCCGGAGCUCAGUUCCGGCACUCCCUGAUGGUGCUCAUGGAGAGGAUGUAUUCUGCCAACCCGCACUUUGUGCGCUGUAUAAAGCCCAACAGCCAGAAGGAGCCAGGUGUGGUGGACAACCAGGUGGUGCUGCAGCAGCUCCGGUACAAUGGACUGCUAGAGACAAUCCGUAUCCGAAGAGAUGGUUUUUCCUGGAGACCUUCAUUUGAGGAAUUUGCUGAAAGAUAUGGAAUUCUUCUAGUUAAAGUGGAUGUUUCCCUCACAAAAGAAAGCUGCUUGGAGAUACUGCAAAGUACAGAGCUGACAGGCUGGAUAUGUGGAAAGUCACGACUUUUCUUUAAAUAUUGGCACCAGGAACAGCUGGCGAAGUAUGUGGAGCGACUGGAAAGAGCAGCAGUUGUCAUACAGAAAGUUUUCAGGGGAUUCAGAUGCAAGAAGAGUUACCUAAAACUGGUGGCUGAGCUGAGAGCUCAGGCACAGCGGCUGCAGGAGGAAGCAGAGAGAGAAAGAAGCCAACAGCUGGUGGUGGAAGCAGAGGCCCAGAAAAGAAUCUCCCUUCCAGUCCCUAUGCCACGAAAGAGGCGCCCUCAGCCUGGUCCCCAUCCUCCUGAUAAGCCACCACAGCCACCAGUGCCACGGCCACGCAGCAAACUGACAGAGUCCACUCCUUUUGAUAACUUCCUGGAUCCUUCUGCACCUCGACCUCUUCUGAGGACAGAGGAACAGACUGGAGAAGAAGCAAAAAUGAGGAAACUCAAGAGAGGAGCAACUCUCCGCUGGUUCAAAGAGACACAGGCCCAGAAGGUCAUGCAGGAUGAUGGGGCCUUUCCUAGCUGGCUGCAUGGCAUGAUCAGCCGGAGGGAAGCUGAAAACUUGCUGAUUGACAAGCCUUUGGGUUGCUUCCUUGUUCGGAUCAGCCAGAGCCGACCGGGCUACACCUUGACAUACAGGGGUGAAGGCCGCUGCAGACACUACAUGAUUGAGAUGCAGCCCAAUGCACGCUAUGUCAUCCUGGGGGAAGACCGGGCUCACACCUCGCUCACUGAACUGGUUCGGUAUCACCAGAGUGUGGGCAUCCAGCCCUUCAUGGAGAUCCUGACUGUUCCCUGUGGGCAGAAAAGUAGUGAGAGUUUGGAUUAUGAAGAUCUGGAGUGCCUCAGGCUGGGUCCGCCAGCAGCCGAGGGGGAGACCCCUCCGGAGGAGCAGCCCUGCCCCUCCAGGCCUUCCACCAGCAGAUCUGCUCUGCAGUCAGGAGCAGCCACAGUUCUCAGACAUGUGUGGUUCAGGAGGACCAAUAACUGCCAAAACCAACAGAGCCUUGACAAGAGUGGGACAAAGGCAAGUUCAGUCCAGGAGAGAGGCAGUCAACGAGCCUUCCCUCGCCUCCACUCUUCCAUACGCCUGGCAAUGCAGGAAAUCCAGCAGUUCUCGUCCGUUCCCUUGAACACCUCUGUACAGAGCUGCUGUCAAGCCCUCAGCAUUGAGGAUGUAGAGCCCAAUUGACAUGGUCAAAGUGUCUCAGCCCUAUCUUCUUCCAGUGCUGCUGGUCCUUGCCUAACUGGGUCAACAUAUGCAGUCAUACAGCAACCUUUUUGCUUUUUUUUUUCCUUUUUAUUUUUGCUGCACCCAGUUGGCCUUGUGCCUUUAGACAGGACUACUGCAGAAAUGAAUGUUCAUCAGCGCUCAGUUCACCUCAGUGGCUGAGACUGCAGUAUCUGGACCAGCCUCACCCUAGCAGACAGGAGAGGAUGGGAACAGUCACACUUUGCACGGAUCCACAGUGCCCGACAGUCUGUGUGUCAAUACUUCUUGCCUCGCACUGUUAAUAGUCACAAACUGGGUAUCUCCCAACAACGUGCUCUUUCACAGAUACCUGUACUGAUUUCCUACCUCUUUCUCUUCAAGUCCUCUGUCUCUGUUUCGGUCCUGUGUAUCUACUGCUCUGGGAGCCAAGGGAAGCUAGGCUUGGGCUUGGGAAGUAAGGAAUGAAACUGGCGUGUCCUUUUUGUUGAGUGCAGCAGCACUUGAACAGGAGCUGAGACAAGGGGCAAGAUCUUUCUGCGGAGGGAGUUUCCUGCUCUUGCAUCAGUGUGCUGGCACACUGCUCCCCAGUCCCUACCCAGAGCUCAAGUCAGAGAAUCAUUGGAACCGUCUUGUUCAUCCUGGUUGGAAUCACUACAAGUCCAGGCUGGACGACAUGCUACUUUACACUGAGGGUAGAGGGCUUAGAACGUACAGUACCAUGCUACUUGUUAGGUAUUUUCUACCUUUUAAAAUAAUUCUCUUU